UUUGCUUAUCUACGUUACCAUCCAUUGUAUUCCAGAAGGGAAAUGAACGCGACUAUAAAAUUGCGACUGACAUUUUGUUUGACAUUUGAUUUGAUUGUGAUCCCAAACAUGGAAUUAUAUUCUUUUCUUUCUUGUAACUAAUGCUAGCUAUUAGUAAGAUUCUUUCAAUAUCUAUUUUGAGUAAAAGUGUACUCUUGGCCAAACAACUAACUUUUUGUACAGGCUAUACGUCGGUACCAUCCUUCAGAAAUAUGUGCUGUGCCUGUCCAGCUCUCGAAGCAGUACCUAAGGUGGACAUAGAUCCAGAAGGUGUAUUCAAGUACAUCUUGUUGAAAGUGCAUGGAAAGGCAAAAGACAACCAAGAGGUUUCGACGACGAUUGUUAGAGGCUACAAAAGAUGCAAUUACCAUUCAGAUAUUUAUGAUGAGGUGCAAGCUAAACUGAAGAAUCUAGAUUGUGAGCCUUUAGGUGGGGGCAGAAUAUCACAUGACAGUGAAAACAAGAAAAUCCAUAUCUAUGGCUACUCCCAGGGUUAUGGUAAAGCUGACCAUGAAGUUGCAGCUAAACUCAUUAAGGAAUGCUUCCCAAGCUACACUAUUACAAUCAGUGAUGAAGGUUAUUAGAUAUAUUAAAUAAAUGUAUAAUAUUUGUAAUUGUUGAUUUAUACUUUUUUAUUUUUAUCAUGAAUAAAGCAUAAUCUUGUUUA